AUGCCAGCAGAGGUUGCUGUGUCUCCUACUGAUACAAAAAGUCUGUUAGUCAUUAAAUUUGAUGUCAAAUCUGUAUAUUACGAAAAUUACAAAAAACUUCUGUUGGACUUGGAAUGCGAGAAAACAUUUGUUGGUGUUUUAACUGAAGAAGAAGCAGACACAUCCUUAACGGAUUUGACACCGAAUGAUACCCAAUUAUUUGAUAAAGCAAAGAGUGUUGUUUCCAGGACUAAAGACGUAGCACAUGCUUUUUCUGAUCCUGUUCUUUCAAGCCAACUGCAUGCACCACCACCUCAGCCUACGUCGAUUCGCAAUGUUUACUUUGGUAAUUACAGAGUAAAGCCAUGGUAUACUUCUCCCUAUCCAGAAGAAUAUAGUUGCUCAAGGAACCUUUACUUAUGCGAGUCUUGUCUCAAAUAUAUGAACAGUGAUUACGUUCUUCAACGGCACAGAAUGAAAUGUGCUUGGAGGCAUCCACCUGGUGACGAGAUUUAUAGGGAUCAGAAUAUCUCAGUCUUUGAAGUAGAUGGACAACGACAACCUAUUUACUGUCAAAAUCUGUGUCUACUGGCAAAAAUGUUUCUACAGUCUAAAAUACUUUGUUACGAUGUUGAGCCUUUUCUCUUUUAUAUAAUGACUGAAUACGACGGGGCUUCCUGUAAAAUUUUAGGAUAUUUCAGUAAGGAAAAAAGAUCAGCUUCAAAUUACAAUGUAUCUUGCAUUUUGACUUUACCGAUAUAUCAGCGAAGGGGUUAUGGUGCUUUUCUGAUAGAAUUCAGUUACUUAUUAAGUAAGGCUGAACGAAAAUUUGGGUCUCCUGAGAAGCCAUUAUCUGAUUUGGGUCUACUCUCAUACCGUAGUUAUUGGAGAAAGCGCGUCGCUGAAACUUUGUUGAGUAUGAGAUCUUCGGUAAGCAUUGAGAAUAUAGCUCAAGCAACUUCCAUGGUUUGCGACGAUGUUAUUUCAGCCCUAGAAGCAUUAUCUGUUUUGAAAUAUGAUAUGAAAAAGAAAAUUUACGUUCUUCAUGUUGACAAAAUGAAAUUGUAUCAUGUUUGUAAAAAGUGGGAUGAAAAGCAUCCUCAAAGGGUGAAACCAACUUCCUUACGGUGGACUCCCUAUAUUGGUGAAGCUAAAAUAUCAGACUUACUACUACAGGAGGAUAUCCUACUUCCUUUAAGCAACCAAAAUCAUGUUUAUGAAGGUCUAUGCUCGAAUUACUAA